AUGAGCCAAGGUACAAUCUUAGAUACAUUUAUUGGUAACGAAGAUAUAAAUGGUACAAUAAUAGAGAAAUUUCCUGAUCAACCUCCAAAUAUUGUUAGAGUAAUAUUGGAAACCAAUGUAAAUAGCUAUACUAAAAAUUUAACAAUUCAUGUAAAUAGAGAUAGAAUUUAUACAGUCUAUUCUGGCUAUAGAAAUGGAAUAACCUACAAAGGUGGUAUAAAAUACAGUCAAGUAAGUUUUGAAAUUGAUCCAUCAAGAACCAAUGUAUUGUUUUCAUUUUGGAAAGCAAGAAAUUUCGGAUUACUCGAACGUAUUACCGAAAGAAACUAUUCGGUCUCUUCAAUUCAAGGUAACACUCUUGUUAUAUCAUGGCCAAAUAGAAAUAACUCACAACAGUUUUUAAACCCACAAAACCGUCAUAGUCCUUCUAAUUUUGGUUUAUCAAAUUCUUUAAUUUAA